GACUCCAUUGACCUCAACACCGCCAUCGCGGAGGCCCAGAAGAGCUGUGUCGAGGGCGGGAUACCUGUUUGCGCUGCCCUAGUGCGUCACGGUACCUUGAACGACGCACCGAAGCCGGUUACGUACAGGAAUAAGGAUUGCAUCCAGGAAGCUUCCGCGACGUUGCACAAGAAUAUCCCGUGUCUCGAAAAUGCGAUGAGAUAG